AUGACUAGUCACAAUACCUCACAGCACAAGACCUCACAGCACAAGACCCACCUCAAUAAAAGACCUCACAGCACAAUAUCUCAAAGCAAAACUCCACAGCACAAGACCCACGCACAAGACCUCAUAGCACAAGACCUACAUAAAAGACCUCAGCACAAGACCUCACAGCACAAGACCUCUCAUCACAAGACCUCAAAGCAAAAGACCUCAAAGCACAAGACCUCACAGCACAAGACCUCACAGCACAAAACCUCUAGCACAAGACUUCACAGCACAAACCUCCAGACCCUAAGACCUCACAGCACAAGACCUCACAGCACAAGACCUCUAGCACAAGACCUCACAACAAAGACCUCCACAACAUACCUCUCAGCACAAGACCUCACAGCAAAAGACCACAAAGCACAAGACCUCACAGCACAAGACCUCACAGCACAAGACCUCACAGCACAAGACCUCACAACAAAGACCUCACAGCACAAUACCUCACAGCACAGACCUCAAAGCAAAAAGAACUCCACAGCACAAGAACUCACACACAAGAACCUCACAGCACAAGACCUCACUGAACAAGACCUCACAGCACAAGACCUCACGGCACAAGACUCACAGCACAAGACCUCACGGCACGAGACCUCCAGACCAAGACCUCAGCCCAAGACCUCACAGCACAAGACCUCAUGGCACAAGACCUCACAGCACAAGACCUCACCUUUAAAGAACCUCCACAGCACAAGACCACACAGCACAAGACCUCAUAGCACAAGACCUCCUAACAAAAGACCUCCGCACAAUACCUCACAGCACAAGACCUCACAGCACAAGACCACAGAGCACAAGACCUCACAGCACAAGACCUCACAGCACAAGACCUCACAGCACAAGACCUCACAACAAAAAGACCUCACAGCACAAUACCUCACAGCACAAGACCUCCAAAGCAAAAAGACCUCACAGCACAAGAACUCACAGCACAGGACCUCACAGCACAAGACCUAA